CGUUACAACGUCAAGUUUACCGUGCGGAGCUUUUUGUGCGUUCGUCGUUGUCAUCGCCAACGUCGAUUUCAGUUGUUACUGUGUGCUAAGCAACAACGUCGUUGUUGGCGUCGUUUCUUUUGUGGUCCCUCAGCCACUCGUCACUUAAAGCUCUACUUCCUCGACUCGUCUUCAAAGGCGGCAAAUUAAAAACAAACAAAAAUCUAUUUUGUUUGCAUUUUUCACGAAAGAUUAAAUAUUUAAAGAGCAUUUUCUGCGAAAUUAAAUGGAAAAAAUGUGCAUAACUUAAAAAAACCAGUGAGAAAAUUAAAUAAAAAAAAAUUUUAAAUACAAAACAAUAAGAGAUAAAAGUGAAAUUAACACGCAAAAAAGAAUUCAAAAAAGAAUUGCAAUAAAAAGUUCUUACGCUGCACCGGAAGCAUAUAAACAGCCUGCAAAAUUUACUACAAUAUCAGCUUCAACAACUCCGCCAACACCGGGAACUCCAGCAACGCCAGCAGCAAUCAACCGAACGGCAACAGAAUGCUUUUCGAGAAUCCAGCCGUCGCGGCCAAGCUGCCGUUUCCCUACAACGUGCCGCCGCCUCUGCAAGCAGCGGCCGCUGCUGCCGCAGCUGUGCCAAAUUUAAGGUUUCAGACACCAAUAAAAGCGUUUGCCUGCCUGACAGCCACAAGGUUAGUAUCUAUUGAUAAGCUAAAUACAAUUACCGAAGAGCAUCGCACGAUGAGCAAUCCGAUUGAUAACGCAGCCGCUGCAGCUGCCGCCGCCGCCGCCGGCCUCAUUGAUCCACAUCACAAUCGGGAUCUGCAUAACGCAUUGGUCGCUUCCAUAGCCAACAGCAAUGUGGCGGCCAUCAAUGGCACAUUGACCACCGCAGCGGUGCUAAAGAGCGCAGCUGCCGCCCAGGCUCAAGCUCAGGCUCAGGUGCAGGCCCAGGUUCAGGUGCAGCAGUCACAGCAGUCGCAGCAGAGCGCAUCAGGACAGACUCAACAACAGCAGCAGCAGCCCAUAUCUGGACAGGAUCAAGCAAGCGUACAGAAUGCAGCCAUCACCAAUGGCAACCAGCAGCAACAGCAGCAGCAACAACAGCAGGCUGCACAGCAGGCAGCCCUGGCACUGCUCAAGGUGGAGAAUGUAAACGGAGCUGCAGCCGCAGCAGCAGGUCAGAAUGGCAGCGGUGCCAACUUGAGCAUCAAGAGCAGCUCGUCUGGCCGUUCGACGCCCAGCAACAGUGGCGGCAGUCUCUCAGAUCCAGCUCCAGGCAAACUGUUCGUGGGCGGCCUCAGCUGGCAGACAUCGUCGGAGAAGCUUAAGGAGUACUUUAACAUGUUCGGCACCGUCACCGAUGUGCUCAUCAUGAAGGAUCCAGUGACACAGCGCAGUCGCGGCUUUGGCUUCAUCACAUUCCAAGAGCCCUGCACCGUUGACAAGGUGCUCAAGGUGCCGAUACACACACUGGAUGGCAAGAAGAUCGACCCCAAGCAUGCCACGCCCAAGAACCGACCCCGUCAAGCCAAUAAGACCAAAAAGAUCUUUGUGGGCGGCGUUUCGCAGGACACAUCCGCGGAGGAGGUCAAGGCCUACUUCAGUCAAUUUGGUGCCGUCGAGGAAACAGUGAUGCUGAUGGAUCAGCAGACGAAGCGCCAUCGCGGCUUUGGCUUCGUCACCUUUGAGAACGAAGACGUUGUGGAUCGUGUGUGCGAGAUUCACUUUCACACCAUCAAGAACAAGAAGGUGGAAUGCAAGAAGGCACAACCCAAAGAGGCAGUCACCCCGGCUGCUCAACUGCUGCAGAAGCGCAUCAUGCUGGGCACUCUGGGCGUCCAGCUGCCCACAGCUCCUGGCCAGCUUAUUGGAGCACGCAGUGCCGGUGUGACCACCAUGAAUCCCUUGGCCAUGCUGCAGACACCCACACAGCUGCUGCAGUCUCCGGCUGCCGCAGCGGCCGCACAGCAAGCGGCGCUUAUAUCACAGAAUCCGUUUCAAGUACAAAACGCAGCAGCCGCAGCCACAAUGGCCGCCAAUCAGAGCAACUUUGGCAAACUGCUUGCCACAUAUCCACAGACAGCGCUGCACAGCGUCAGAUAUGCACCCUACACCAUACCCGCCAGCGCCGCCACUGCCAAUGCCGCAUUGAUGCAGGCCCACCAGGCACAGAGCGCUGCGGUGGCGGCCCAUCAGCAGCAGCAGCAGUCGCACAAUGCCCACGCCGCAGCUGCCGUCGGUCUGCAGCAUCCGCAUCAGCAACAACAACAGCAUCACAAUGCCGCCGCCGUCGCAGCCGCCGCCUCAAACUCAGCCUCUCAGGCACACUCAGCUGCCGCGGCCGCCGCUCUCGCUGCGAAUGCGGCCAACAGCGCGGGCGCCAAUGCCCAUUCCCUGGCCGCCGCUCAACAGGCUGCCCUUGUGGCUGGCAAUCCUCUGAACGCGGCCGCUGCCGCAGCAGCUGCUGCUGGCAAUCCGGCUGCUGCCUAUCCCAAUUAUGCGCUGGCCAAUGUGGACAUGUCCAGUUUCCAGGGCGUCGAUUGGAGCAGCAUGUAUGGCAUGGGCAUGUAUGUCUAAACCGUGCUCAACCCCCCACUUGCUGCCCUCUCUCUUCCCUCGCCCUCGCCCACUUUCUUCUCUCUCCUCUGAAGCCCUUGAUCUAUAUUUCAAUUGGUAAUUUGCAUAGAACAAUAAUGCAUACAGACACAACUACACUCUCAACUCUGACACAUACUUAGAGAACCUCACAUCUCACAUCAUCCCACACACAAACACACACACACACAACGAAAAUUGGUUUACCAUAGUUCUUAGUGCCACACCAAUACACACUACAUAUGAAAGCAUAUUAAGUAUUAUAUUUAAGGGCCCCACGCAAAGGCGAAUUAUAUGCGUUCAAUAAUAAUAACAAACAUGAUAAGCAAUAUAAGCAACAUCAACAACAACAACAACAGCAACAUCAACAACAUACUGCAGCCGGCGAGGCACCGCUGCAAAUAAGCAGAGCAUAAACCACAAAACAAAACAAUGAAUAAUACUACAAAAAAAAAAAACAAAAAAUUAAACCAAAAAGCAAAAAUUAUUGAAAAAAAAAAAAACAGAAAAAAAAACUUUAAAAAACCACCGAUUGUGAUUGCGUUUAAUUGUAGCAGUUUAUAUAAUUUUUAGUGCAUAAUAUCUAAAACAUAAACCUAUUAUAUAACAUAAACAUAUAAAACAAAAGAAAUAUAUUUAUAAAAAUUUAAAUUAAAAAGAGAAAACCAUUAAAGCUCAUUGAACAACAAGCAAAGUAAGAGAGGGCAAGACGAGAACAAAUUGGUAAUGCUCAAGCCUCUUUUUAUAAGAUAUGUAAUAUAAACAUAAAUGAUAAAAAAAAAAACAAAAUAAAAUCACAACAUGGGAAACUUCAUAGAACGAGAAACUUAAAAGAAUUCAUUAGAUAUACACACACAUCACAUAGUUUAUUAAUUUUGAGCUCGAAUUUAAUUCACCCAGCCUAGCAGUUAGACAGAGACAGAGACAACGACUCAACAGACCCAACAUUUAUUCAUCUAACUAAAACAAUAAGGAACACUCACUAUCUUCAUUGUACUUAAUACAACUGCUGUUGAAACUGCGUCAUACAACAACACCCGCACACUCAUAAGAUAUGUCAUUAUUAUACUCUUAUGAUAUUAUUUGGUUGUGUGUGGUCUUUAGUUAAAAGUUGCUUGUUCUUGUACCAUUUAAGACCAGCAAAAUGCUCAGCUGUGUUGAUUGACAUGUGGACCACAAGACAGCUCUAAACUCCUUUCUGUAUUAUUUUAAUAACUAUGUCUCUUUCUCCUCCCAAGCAAGCAGUAGGCACAUCUUACUAAUCUCUUUGAAUAUUAAAUAUUUGUAUUUUCAUGCAUUAACUAUUCAAUAUUUAAUUUUUUUUCUAUCAUCCGCAUAGUAUCCAGGUAAAAUAUAUUUUUUGUAGUUAUUGCAUUAUUGAUACACAUACAGAAACACAUACACAAACAACUCCUUCUCCCCUUUAGUUCUAGAUCUAUUUUGUAAUUGAUUAGUUGUAGUAAUUGCAUUUGAGUUUUGCAUUAAAAACAAAUCACACUACACACAUACACUUACACCUACACCUACA